AUGAAAACUAUAUUAUCAUUAUUAUUUAUUUUAAGUAUUUUUUCAAAUUUAUAUUUUGUUAAAUCGCAACAAUCGGUUACAGUACUUUCAGAUUCAAUUGAAUCAUUUGGAACAAUUGAAACUGUUAAAUCAGGUGCUUCAAUUUACUCUUUCACAUUGACCUCCAAAUUACCAACCAACAUUACUGUAACACCAUGUUUUGGAACUUUCGAUAUUUAUGUUAGUCUAAACAAUAUUAUAACAAAUAAGAGUGCAACCUAUUAUGGUGAAUGGGAUCCAUCUGUAAAAGCACUUGGAACAAAUUUAAAAGCAUUACCUGAAAAUACUAUUAUCUAUAUUGCUGUUAUGCCAUUAGAAGAAUAUGAUUUCAAAAACAAAACAUAUGCCGCAUCCUUCUCUGUUUUAAUCACUACAAAUGAACAAGAUCUUGUUGUUCCAUAUUUACCAAUACCAGCAAGAGAUGGUGGUGUUGAUAUUAAAUUAACAAAUGGUGGUAAAUCAGGUACAAUUAGUUUUUAUAAAACUGGAAAUUCUACUGAUAAUUAUACAAUUUACACUUUUUAUGGUACUAGACCAAAAGGAAGUUUCCCAUUCUCUGCAUGUGGUGUUAAAUUUUAUGCAACUGAAAACAAUCAAAAGAUUGAAGAUAAUGGUGACAAUGAAGCAUCUGCUACUUUCACUGGUUUAAAUACUAAAGAACCAACUGGUUUAACUGUUGUUGUUACUAGAAAGACAAAGAAUUUUUCAAGUGCCUAUGAUUAUGCUGUUUUUAAUGCUCCAAAUUCUUCAUCUUCUUUAAAAUCAACUUUCUUAAAUUUAAUUCCAGCUUUCUUUAUUUGUAUUUUUAUUUCAUUUUUAUUAUUGUAA